AUGGCGCUUAAACGAGUAGACCGCCUGUGCCUGCGAGUGUUGGUCGCGCGCCAUCCGCCAGCAGCGACAGGAGGCGAUCCGGGCGCGGACGCCACCACCCAACCACCACCCUCGCCUACCACUGAGGCCGCGCCCGCGCCCGCGCCCGCGCCCGCGCCCGCGCCCGCGCCGCCGCCGCCGCCCACGUGUCCCUGCGACGGCGGCGCCCACACCCACGAUGGCGACGCCCCCCCGCGCUCGCCAUCGCCCUCGCCUGCGCCAACGCCCGCACCAUCGCCCGCGCCAUCGCCCGUGCAAUCGCCCGCGCCCUCGCCCUGCUCAGCCGGGAACAUGAGCAGAACAGCAUCCACUCUUUCUAGAGCUGCAUCUGGCACAGAAAGUAACCACACUAGGAAGAGGUCUCCAAGUUUAAGCCGUUCACGACCUUCAAGUCCAGGAAAUGGAACAAAUCGUCGCCCUCCAAGUCCAAGUGCAUUGGAUCCUGCUGUUUUGGAAGCUGUUAAAAGGCGUGUACGACGGGUUCAGAAGGCUCGGUUGUAUUUACUUCAACAGCCAGGACCAAACUCCUUUCUUGUGGGUGGAGAUUCUCCUGAACAUAAAUACAAAGUUGUUAUUGGACCACAGACUUGUAGCUGUGGACGUGGGCCAUUUUGCCUUCAUCUUCUUUUUGUCAUGCUCAGGGUGUUUCAAGUACCUGAAAAUGAUUCUAAAAUAUAUACUAAAGAAUUAAAAAAUUAUGAGGUUGAAAGUUUAUUUCAGCAUUAUCAACAGCGCCGUAACUCAAGGGUUCAUGCAAUGCCUGAUGAGAGUCAGAAAGAUUGUUCACUAUCUAAGAUCCUUCAGCAGUCACCAGUUGCUCAAGAUGAAUGUGGACAAAAUGGCAUAGACUCUCCUCCUACAGUAGAAAACAAGUCCAAUGAAGAAGAAUUAUGUCCAAUUUGUCUUUUGGAAAUGGUAGAUGGGGAAAGGGCUAUUGAAUGCAAUUACCAAGGUGAAAAUGUUCUUUGCCCCUUGUGUCGUCAACCAUGGCUUGAUGAUACUAUUCCUCUAAAGGCAAUACAUUUAAUGUUGAGGCUAGAGAAACAUUCUCCUAAGAGGGUGCCUGGCAUACCCUCUCCUUCUAAGGAACAUUCAUCUGUACAACUACCUUGGGAAGUAAUUGGUUCUACCUGCUUCCAACAUUUGCCAGGACCUGGUCCUGGUCCAGGUCCUAUAUUGUCUCCAAUUUCUCAAAAAACUGGUGUGAGAACACCAACCAGUUCACAAAAACCAGCCAAAAGACCUCAAUAUCUUCCUCUCAACAAAUCAGAAUUCCAUCAAGAAUGUGUUUCAGAAAACUGGAAACAGACUAGUUCUCCUAGUAAUAACUCACCUUGUGACAUUCAUCGACCCUUACAAUUUUGUGCUAAAACGUGUUCACUCCAGUCAGAUUUACCUCAUUCUCACGCUGGCCCAAUUCCUCCUGAACAUAUUAUAAUGGCAUCAGAAUGGAUUAAGGUAUUUGGAAUGGAUUUAGUUAUGUGUCUUUACUCAAGAGAUUGGAAAGAGCGAGAAAUGGCAAUGAGAGGCCUUGUUAAUUGUUUAAUUACUGCUUAUCAAUGUGAUGAUAAGGAAAAGCAACAGAAAGUUGCUUGGUGCUGUGCCAAAAUUCUCGCUAUGGUUGUGGGGGAUCCAGUAUUCAAAGUUUACUUGGCAUGCAUACGCUGCUUUAGAGUACUUAUCAAGUGUGUAUCAUGUCGUAGUGCAUGCCACUUGGAAGAAUUUCAGAAUUUGUUGCGACCUGUUAUAAAAGGUUUGCUGAAGAAGUGUGCAGAUCGAAAUCAUCGAACAAGCCAUCUCAGUGCAGAAGUUCUUAUAGAAAUUGCCAGAAACCAAAACAGGGAUUUGACAGGAAGCAAUUCUUCUAAUGAAACCCAUCUCUGGGGAAUAAAUGGACUUGAAUUAGUAUUAAGUUGUGUGUUGGAACAUUUUUCAUUAGAAUCUGUUAAUUGGCAGUGGUUAGCAGGUCGAUUGCUAAUGUUGAGUACAUUACUUCAUAUAUUUCCAGAUGAAUUUUGCUUAAGAUAUGUACCACUUUAUGCAAAUGAAUCAGGCUACAAGCUAAAUAAUUUCAAUAGACUUUUCUCAGUUAUUGAAUUUUCUUUUAAAGCUUUACAAAGCCCCCACAGUACUGUCAGCAAAUUAGCAAGGCAUGUAUUUGUAUUGUCCUCAAGUAUGACUACUGCAGAGAAGGGAAUGCUAAAUCAAAUUUUGGAUAUGAUAUCUGAGCUGGAUUCAGGUUUGCAAUCAAGACUGAAAAAACGACUGCAAGCAGCCAUUGAAAGACAAAUGCAGAAUCAAGGGUUUCAAAAAAAAUCAAAGACUUAUUAUUAUCCUCAAGAAGCCAGCAUCAGUCACACAACGCACAAUAAAGUUGAUCUCCAGGUAAAUUCACAAGUAAAUUCCAAAGGAACAUUGCCAAUGCGUCCAAAAGACCUUGCUUUAGAUUCUGUUUGUAAGAACAAGAAGGUGUCGAAGUGUCAGCAGUUAUCUAACAGCCAUCCUUUCUCGACUCCAUCAACUAAACGGUGGAUAAAUUCUAGUUCAAAAUUCUCCAAUUUAUUUUCAAGAAAUAAAAAGACUGAAUUACUUCCCUCAAGUAAAUCUGAUACAUCUGGACAUUGUGGACUUGAUUGUGGUCAUGGAACUGUAGAAACUCCUACAUCUCCUUCUGAAAAUUGUUCGUGUCAGUCUCCUGGAGAUGAAGAUAACAUAAGUUUCUUUACUAGAGUUAUGGGAUGUAUAUCAAAUUCUUCAAAUGAAAGACUUCCAAGUGAAAAAUUUGAUGUCACACCUACUCUGGAACUAUCUCACGAUAAUUCUUUACAAAUAUGCGAAAGUAACUCAACUGCUCCUACCCCUGUUCCAACUCCAGAAAUGUUGAAUGUGGAAACUUUGGUGAGGCCAAUUAAAGACUCCAUGGAUAAUAAGAAUGUGGAGGGUGUGUUCAACAAUAAGUCAUAUAUUGAAGAUUUCCAUUGGAAACGUGGACCUAUGCUGGGUACAGGGGCAUACAGCGUUUGUUAUCAGGCAUGUGAUAUGGAGACUGGGACACUUAUGGCUGUGAAACAGGUGCCAUACUGUAGAAAUUCAGAGGAGGAACAAGAGACUGUUGAAACCGGAAUUCGGAAAGAAAUCAUGACUAUGUCAAGGCUUCGACAUCCUAAUGUAUUGACAAUAUUGGGAGCAACCAGAGAAGGGAAUCAUUUUAAUAUUUUUGUAGAGUGGAUGGCUGGAGGAUCUGUUGCAGCUUUAUUGGAAAGUUAUGGCCCUUUUAAUGAGUGUGUCAUCGUAGAAUACAUAAAGCAAGUUUUAGAAGGGUUGAAUUAUCUUCAUGAAAAUCAUAUUUUGCACCGAGACCUGAAAGGUGCAAAUCUAUUAGUUGAUAGUACAGGCAAACAACUCAGAAUAGGGGACUUUGGAGCUGCAGCUUGUUUGGAAUCACAUGGAACAGUACCUGGAGAAUUUCAGGGACAACUACUUGGCACUAUUGCCUUUAUGGCUCCUGAAGUUCUCAGAGGAGAGAAUUAUGGUCGCUCUUGCGACAUUUGGAGUGUUGGAUGUUGUAUGAUAGAAAUGGCAACAACCAAAGCACCUUGGAAGGAAAAUCAAAUGUCAAAUCAUUUGGCACUUAUGUACAAAGUUUUUGUCUUCUUUUUGCUAUGCUUGACUUCAGUAUUCUUUGUGACAAAUUCUUUAAAAUUAAUUGAAAUUUGUACCAAGUAGCACAAGAUGUUUUUAAAAUAAAAAUCUGAAAUGAUAUCUUCAAAACAGUCUUGAAUGUUAAAAGUAUGGCUAUAAUCAAAAUAGCAUCAAGCAAGGAUCCCCCAUUCAUUCCAGAUUCAUUGGGUCCUGCCACUAAAGAUCUUGCUCUUCAGUGUCUGCAAGUGCAGUCUGAACUACGCCCAACAGCUAAAGAGCUAUUGAAUCAUCACUGCUUCAAAACUCCACAUUUACAAUUGAAGCAAGCAAUAACAUGACCUUUUGUAUUUAAAAGAAAUUUUUGUAAUUUAUUCUCAAAAGAGAGUUCAUGUGGAAAUUUGUUGCACAAAUUUUUAAAAUUUGUGCCCCGUCUUUCAAAAGCAUUAUAUUUAAUGUAAAGUAGAAUGCCUACAAUACAGAACGUAUAUUCUUCGUGACUGUGUAGGUCUGUCUCUAGAACUUGUAUGUACCUGAUCAUUCUACAAAUAGCAAAAUAAUUUAUCAUUGAAACAAUGAUGAAAUAAACGCACAUUUUUUAAGAAACAAGAGGAUGAAAGGCUUAGAAUGACUUAAGUAUUUUGAAUAAAAUAGAGAAAUGUAUUUGACAUGUAGAAUUUUCAUAAUUGAUCUUAAUAUAUAUAAAGGACAAUUUUUUUGA